GUAGCUGCUGUAACGCGGCGGCGGCGGGCCCACACCCACCCGGCCCGGAGCAGCGUGCGCGCGCGAGCGAGCGAGAACGGCGUCAACCGGGAGCGGCAGUGUGUGUACGCGCGUGGUGGUGUGCGCCAGGCUGCUGCGUGUGUGCGUGCGCGUGUGCGCGAGAGUUUUGUGCGCGUCCGCUACGGUGCUCGCCGGCUGCUGCCGCUCUGCCGCUCGCUCGCCGCUACCGCUCGCUAUAUAGUCGCCGCCGCCGCCCGAUCGUCUACGCGCGUGUGCGUGCGGUGCGUGUGCGUGCGAGCGUGUCCGUCGUGCCGGCAGAGCGAAAGAGACGCGAGAGCGAGAAAAGGAGCGAAUGAGUGAGACAGAGCGUGUGCGCGAAUGAGACAGAGUGAGCGCGCGCGCGCCGCCGCCGUCGCCGUCUCAGUGUGUGUGUGUGUGCGUGCGUCGCCGGAGUGACUCUAUUCGCCGGCCGGCCGCCCUCAGUUACGCGCGCGUAUAGAUAAUAAUAGUAAUAAUUAUAAUAUAUUUUUUUUCGAAUACCUAUAAUAAAUUAUAUUCCAUUAUCAAUCUGUUGUAAUUAAUUUUUUUCUGCUCAUAUACCUCUUCCCCUUCCGAUCGCAACGACAACCGCUGUCCCGCCGUCACUGCCAUCACGGGAUGCGAUAAUAUUAUAGAGUCGAUUUAACGAUAUUAUUUCCGCCGCCGCCGUCCCGUUUCGCUGUCCGAUCGGCCAACCACCCGACCGCUGUCGUAUGCGACUGGGCAUAACCUCGUCACUGCCGCCAUCAUAGUCGACGUCUCCAUCCUCUGCCGUCACGUGCGUCUCGGUCCGUUCCACGUGCGACGACGACGGUCUACUGCUAAAGACAGUGAUCGCCUAGCGGUGGUGUCGUUGGUAACGGCGGUGGUGGUGGCGGUGGCGGAGGUGGUGGCAACAGCGGUUGACUUUUACUUUUGUUUCUAUACCGGACGGCGGCCGUCUUCUGCUGCUGCAGCAGCUGCCGGCCGGUGGUGUUGACUUUGUCUUCGCCAUCGUUGUUGUUGUUAUUGUUGUUGUUGUUGUUGUUGUUGUGCACUUUCGCCACCUCCACCGCCGUCGUAGCUUUCGGUGUCACUAAUUCGGGUCCGUCACACCGACUACUCACGCCGCCGAAGUGAUGCAACAACAAUGCGGUUUUUGCGCCGCGGUGUCCGACCUUUUCCGGAGGAUCAUGUGCUUUAAUGGCAGUAGGAGGGGCAGUGACCAGUCGUACUAUCACGAACUGGACAACGAUGACCCUCAGAUCGCACUAGUGACCGCUGAUCCCACGAACGUAUCGGCUCAUUCUCCAGAUGUGAUUUACAUUCGACUUAGAGACGACUCGCCCACGGAUGACCGGUGCAGGAGACGGUCGCGAAUGCUGUCUGAGGGCGAAGUGGUGCUACUCGAGUCGGUCGCCCAUCACGGUAAACGGUUACCCAACGGCCGAUUUCUUACCAUGCACAAGCGUAGGCGGAAAAAGCUCACCACCCGAUCCUUGUCCAACGAGAAUGCGCCGGCGCUAUUGGACGACAUUCACCACGGCCAAGUCCAGUGUGUGCUCAAGCACGUCUGGAAAUGGCCGUUCAACGCUUUUGCAUUAGACACAGCUACAGGGGGAAGAUCGCUUCCAGUACUUUGUGUUCAUCUUUUCCAUUGGUAUGGUCUAAUGGAACACUUCAAGUUGGACGUGGUUCAAGUUUGGAAACUCUUUAGUCUCAUAGAAGAAGGGUACCACAGCACGAACCCGUAUCACAAUGCCAUCCAUGCUACCGAUGUCACCCAGGCGAUGCAUUGUUUCCUGCAAGAAGACAAGAUCAAGAACUUCUUGACACCACUGGAAAUCAUGGCGUCUCUCAUAGCGGCUGUUGCUCACGAUCUCGACCAUCCCGGUGUCAAUCAACCGUUUCUUAUCGCGACCAGUAAUCAUUUGGCUACUCUUUACGAGAACACUUCAGUGCUGGAGAACCACCACUGGAGGUCGGCGAUUGGCUGCCUGCUCGAAAGUCACGUAGCUGAGAAACUAAGCCCCAUAAGACAAGACCUCGAGUCGCAGAUAAGUUCACUGAUCUUGGCCACGGAUAUUACAAGACAACCGGAAUUCUUGAAGAAAUUCAACAACUAUCUGGAAAACGACGAGUUGGACAUGAAGGACCCGGAGUUGCGGCACUUCAUACUGCAGAUAGCACUAAAGUGCGCUGACAUAUCGAACCCGUGCCGGCCGUGGGACGUGAGUCGCAAAUGGAGCCUGAAGGUGUGUGACGAAUUUUUCAGACAAGGCGAUUAUGAAAGGCAGUUGGGAUUGCCGGUCACCGAUAUCUGCGAUCGAUACAACAAUACAGUGCCAAAAAUUCAAACAGUGUUCUUCAAGUUUAUGGUGUUGCCGCUUUUCAAUUUGUGGCACAAGUUUUUGGACACCAAGUUGUCGCACUCGAUGAUGGAAAACCUGAGGAAGAACCAACAACAGUGGGAAGAGCUCCGGGAGCGCGAGAGCUGCGACGAGCAGCAGCUGAUUGCGGACGCCGACGACAUGAUGCUGGAACCGGAAAAUGAACAGGACUCGCCACAGCAGCAGAACCGCCGGGGAUCGCUUCCGGCCGUCGUGCUGGAGACCGUGGACAAGAUGGGCCGUCGGCACUCGGUGCCACUGAACCUGGCCCGGGUCACCGGCCACGCGCUGCCGUGCACGAUACUGCGCCGGGAAAGCUUGCAGGGCGCGCUGCCCUCGACGUUGCUGGUGCAAGUGGAAAACCGACGACGUUUCACGCUGGGCCAGAUCCCGUACCUGGAAGAGGAGGAGGAGGGCCUGAGCAUAUCGGUGGGCUCGUCGAGGAGCAGCGGGCUGCAACGUUCGUCGGACGGUUGCGGCGGCAGUCAUAUGGACGACCGGCCGGUGAGCGCUGAGAACCUGAUACCCGAACCCAGCAUAGCGACCAUUACCAAUACGGCCGAUGCCAGCCGGCUGUGCAACGUCAUACACGGCGUCACGUCACCGGUCCUCGGGCACCAGGCGUCGUCCGGAUGCUCCAGGGGCCUGACCAGGCAACAGACGUUCCCACCCAUUCAGCCGUACGUCCGGGCCCGGUACCUGUCCACCGGCGGAGACACCGCUGCACCGUGUUCGUCGUCCAGCGGCGGCACGUCGGCAGUGUCCACGGCGUCCAGCCGGACCGGUUCGACCAGCAGCGAGGGUUGUCCGUCGGCGGGCGGCGGUGGUGGUGGUGGCCACGGCGCUGGAGGAAACGGCACGAAGCGAGACUCGAUCCUGGACACUGACCGGGCGUUUAAGUUGGCCAGGUUUUCGUCCAACAAGGAGAAGGAAAACGUCGACCCGACAGCACGGACCAACGCGGAAAUCAGGCGUAACAGCAAUCACAUGAACCAGAUUUUGACAAGACGCCGAGGUUCAGCACCGGUUGGCGCUGGAAACGGUGACGGUACGGGACACCCGACACCCGGCAAGGGCCAAGAAGCGACCAUUCCAAGGCGCGGGUCUGUGCCAUCAGAUUUUUCCAAACAGAGUGCCCUUUUUAAGGUGGUGGCCACAGGGCCACUGAGCACAAAUAGCCCGAAGCAAGGCGCGAGACGUUCAUCGCUACCGUAUGAUUCCAAUAUUGGAUUAUCGAGCUCGCCUCUUGUUUCUCCUUCCCGGCCAGAGCGAAGAGGUUCGGACGGAAGCCGCCCGGGUAGCCGAAGACGGCGCAGAAAGUCAAUGAAGCGACGGAGCUCCGGCGGACCGGACGUGUUGCUGUCCACCGGCCAGUCGAUGGACUCGUUCCUGGCGCACCGCCGCGGUUCCUUGCCCGUCGAAAUACUUGCCACGUCCUUCUCGGGGCCACAUUGAGAAAAAUGAUCAUCGAAUUUUCGCAUCGUAGACUGACAAAAUGAAUACAAGAUAUUUGGACUAUAUAAAUAUGCAAGUCGGCGGUAGCGAUAAUAUUCGCACGAAAUUCUCGAAACAUUGUAUUAUUACCUAUAUAUAAUACGCUAAUUAUUGACAAACGGAACAUAAAUAAUUUAUGGUCUUCCCAGCGCAGUACUGUUGAACAAACAAAAAAAAAAAAAAAAAAUAACCAAUAAUGGAAUCUAUUGAUUUAUUUAUUUUCAUUGACCAAAUCUCGACGCUUAUGGUUCAUUUUUGAUUUUCGGUAUCUAUAAGCUUAACACUUCUAAAUAUUAAUAUUAAAUGUAAAUAUAAAACAUAUUAUCCACCUAUUGAGACGAAUCGCAAUGGGAUAUAUAUUAUACUAUGUAUGGUCACUUUACAGUUUAUUUUAAACCGUUUUCCACUUAUUUCUAACUGUGUAUAUGUGGUACAUAUCAUGCAUUUGUGUCGACCAUCUUUGCCUUUUUUACAACUAUUAUUAUUAGUCUAAGCUUAAUUGGGCAUGCCGCCUACCCGUGCGAACCUGUGUCGCUCAGUUUACCCUAUACGAUAACAUUCUGCAGGGUCUGUUACAUAUUUUAAGUGUUCGGGCCUCGAUCCAUCCACAUAAAAUAAUAUGUCGUGUUCGGUGCUCCGCUCUAUAAUACAUGUUAAGUCCGAUUUAAUAGGGGGAAAAAAAUGUUUCCGAUACAUAAAAUAUGCUUCCACGAUCAUAAUAUGAUAAACGAAAAUAAAAUAUGAUUUCGAGUCACAUUAAUACGAUGGACUGCGUUAAACAAUGUGUGGUCCACAGUUAGUAGGCAUACGAUAAUCUGUGCAGAUAACUAUUAUUGUAUGACAUCAAGUACUUUAUGCUGUUCAAAUGUAGUUUGUAUAUUUUUUUCUUCAUUCUUCAUCUUAUUCUUCUUCUUCUUGUUUUUUUAUUAUUAUUAUUAUUAUUAUUAUAUAUUUUUUUUUUAAUAAGUAUAACGAAAAAUCACUGCCAUUGUACUGAUAUUCUUCAUUAUAAUAUUACAAUUUUUGCGAAUUGCGCUAUGCUUUAGUUUGGUAAUGUUAUUUUUGAGUUACUAAUAUUUAGAUAAUCAUUUUUAAGUGUUUCUUUGGUUAAAAUAAUCCUCUUUGAUUGAUGUUUACUUCUCUGUUAUAAGUGCCAAAUAUGAGAUAAUAUUGAAAAAAUAACUUCCGUAUUUUUAAAAUUCCAUUGAAGGUACAAUAACUUUAAAAAUUGAACAAAACUAUGCUACAACCUGUAUCUUAAUCAAAAAAAUAUGGUUUCUCUCUAGUCAAACGCAAUAAGUUUCUUAUUAGCAUUUUUAUAACUACAAUCGACGAAUCUCUUUGGUCGUACCUACUUAACAACAAAAACUAACCGUUGCUUAAAAUUCUUCCAUUCGUAAAAAUAUAUAAUCAUAUAAUAAUCAAGUCUAAAGAUAUAUAUAAUAAUGAUCUGCUCCAUUUAACGGGAAAAUUAUGUAAAUUAUUAUUAAUUCGGACGUGUUUAUUUAUUUAUAAUAUUAAUUGAAAAAUAAUUUAAACAACUGAACUAUUAUUAAUUUUAUUUCUAAGUUUAUUAUUAUAAUUAUGGAAAAGUGUGUAUCUAUUAUAAUCUUGAUGUACAUUGUAUAUUCUAAACAGAAAUAAGUAUACACAUACACGUUAUAAUAAUAUUUUCUUCAUUUAUUUGAAUUUAUUUAAACCUUAUUUAACAGAUAACGUGAAUAGUUUUAUUUGUAGAAUGAUUUUAUUUUAUUUUGAUAAUUACUUUUUUUUUCAUAAGUAUUUUCAAUAAAAUAAAAAAUAUCAUUAUCAUUAUCAUUAUUAUUAUUAUUAUUUUGCUAAUUAAAAGCUUAAUUUAGAUGCUAAACAAUUAGCUAAAUUUGACAUGCGCUUUUUUUUGCUAACUUCUGGGGAUUUAACACACGGAAAAUCUGUGUAAUACUUUUGUGAACGUGUAACUUAAUCUCAGUAUUUUCUAUAAUAAUAAUAAUGAUAAUAAUUAUGUCUUAAAAACGCACAUCACACAUUUUGUUUUUAAAACUAACAUUAAUUCUUAUUAUUGUUAAAAAAAAUAUUUUUAUUUUUGUCAUAAUUUAUGUUAUAGGUUAAUAGGUGAAUGUAUUUUGUGUUGACUUGUUUUUCGUUUGUAAUUUCUGGUUAAUUUUUUUUUUCUUUUUCCUUUUAUUUUUUAUUUUUAAUUCUUCUAAUUUAAUUAAAUAGGUACUCCUAACAAAAUUAUAUAAAUACCUUAUGACUAUCAUAAUAUUAUUAUACUUAAUCAUAAUAUUAUAUACUGUAAAAUAAUAUUGUGGCUGACAAACAAAUACAUUUUUUUUUAUCGGACAUCAGUACCUAUACAUUAUUAUUGUUAUUAUUAUUGUACCAUGGUGAUAACACUACGGUUAUUACGAAAUAUAAUAUUAUAAUCUUCCCAAUACUGUUUCCAAAAAAAUGUGUGACAAUUAAAAAAAAAUAGCGUACCUAUUAUAAUGAAAUAGCAUUUUCAUUAUCAAAUAAUAUUGUAUUGUAUGUUCUAAAACGUAAUGAUUUCUAUAAUAAAAGUAUAUCGUUAAUGACUAUUGGAA